GGAUUCCUCAGAACACGAGGUCGCCGUCGCAGGGGGGGUGGUUGUACAUUUUUGUCAGCCUGUAGGCGUUGUGUAUGCAACAUGCAAGCGCCGUGCCGUGCCGUGAAGUAGGUUAAAUUCGAUCGGUGGACGUCUUUAUAGCAGGUGACGUGGUUUCCGUCAGUUGUCGAGUGCGGGGGGCAGUGGACAGCAAGCAGGCCUGGGUGUGUAUGUUCCUUGAGUAAGCACUUAAUUACGAUGUUCUGGCAACACCGAGUCAACAGCUCUCCGCGACGCUCCCAGCAGGACGUCGCCGAUGACGGAGAGAGUCCGGAAGAAUCCGUCGCUUCUGGCGGAUACAGAACUCAGAUGAGGUUAUGUUCGCUCACGCUGUCAAGACUUGUGGUUCUCAGGACCCUCGGCUCCGACGUGUCUUUCAUCACCAUCGCUGUCAAAAUGCAGGGUUCCAAACGGACACUUCGGUCAAAUGAAAUGCCAUUGCCCGCGAAUGGGCUCUUGGAUACAGAACUGGAACUCAACUUUGCUCUUCAGUAUCCGCACUUCCUCAAACGAGACGGCAACAAACUUCAUGUAAUGCUACAAAGACGGAAGAGAUACAAGAACAGAACGAUCCUGGGCUUCAAGACCCUGGCCGAGGGUAUCAUCAACAUGGCUCAGGUGCUGCAGAGGCAGAUGGACCUGGAGCUCGAUCUAUUCAGCGAUAUCAAGGACAAGAGCCUCGGUGCGAUCAGUAACGUCGUGGCUCGAGUGUCAGUCCAGGCCCUGAACAGCCAGCCCGUCGACCACGAAGAUGCAGUUAAGCACAUGGCGCUGAGCGAGACAGCAGACCGCGUGGCCGACUUCUCAGACGACGAGGAGGAGUUCAGUAGCAACGACGAGGGUGAAGCCGAGGGUUCGGAUUCCGAACCAAUGCCAGAAGACGCGAUGGGUAGAAGGGCUCGCAAGACAGCCAGGGCGAAGAUUCCCGCAAACGCCAGGCAACGUAAUUUAAAACAGAAAUUCAUUGCGCUCUUGAAGAGGUUUCGUGUCAGCGAAGAUCUUCAGGGACUUGAUAACGACCAAGAAGCGAUCGGGCAACAACUUUCAGGGGGCGGUGUAGACCCUACCGAGAUAGAAGAUUUGUUUGAAGAGCUCGAAGAUCUGAGUGAUUCUGGUCCCGAGAUUGACACGAUGAGCAUCUCGUCAACUCCUAAACCCUCUCUCAGGCCUUUUUUCUCCAGUAGUCGCUCACUGCUACAGGAGUCACUUAAUGUGCCAGAGAAAGGAGCGGACAGGCUUAGUGACGAAAGUUCCAAGAAAGCUGAUUCUGACUCACAUCCUGAAAACUGGACAGAUCAUGAGCAUAGUGACCCACAGCAGCCCGCCGCAUCCUCUCCUCCUAAGAAUUCCGAAGAGAAGAACAAGGAUGGUGGAGAACGGGAACGCAAAAGCCGGUUGUUUACCAGGGACCGGAAUCCUUCAGCUGGGAAGACGAAGAAGCAGGCUGAAAAGACGCUGAGUGCAGAACAGAAGCCUCCAGUAGUGAAUCCGAACCCAGUUGGAGGGGAUAGUAGUCUCAGUGAGGUGCCGCGGAAGCAGCUCACAGAGCAGCUGUCAAGGGUUCUACCAGCCGAUGAUGCUUCGAUCCCAGAUCACAUCACCCUGGUGAAUGUGGGUGAUCCUCAAGGCUCAUUGCUGGCGAUGAGAUUGCAGGAACGGCAACAGAAGGUCGUCAGCACUCUUGGCCCAGCAGACAUCAGGGCGGCUGUCACGUGUCUAGUCAGCAAGAUCCAAAAAUUCUGCAACAGCAGCGCGAAGCCUCCACCUCCAAUCAAGGUGCUGUUGGCGGGGUCGGACAGCUUCGUCAACUCGGUGCUGAGGAACUAUGUGGAUCAACUGUCAUUCAAGCCUCCCGAGUGGCAGAACUACAUAAAGUUCCUCAUUGUUCCACUGGGAAACAACUCUCUGGCACGCUACCUCAGCAGUCUAGAUGGCGUGUAUGCAUCAGCCUUCUCCGCAGAAACAUGGAAGGAACUCCUAGAACGAGCAGAGCUGCAGAAAACAGACUGCCAGGAAAUGUUAAACCGAGUCCAUCGGUACCUGCACAGCGCAAGUGCCACAAUCCAACUUCCCGUAGCUGAAGCCAUGAUCACAUACAAGGAAAAGAGUUCUGAUGAGGAAUCUUCUCAGAUUUUUGUUCCCUUUGUUAAUGAUGUUCGCCUAGGAUCACCUGAGUCCUCGACAUCUGCAUCAGUAGAUUUGGAAGAGGUCCAACUGAGUGUUCCCCAGUUGUCAGGCUCACCUCCUUCCCUUGUGUCUCUUCCAGACAAAAAAGACCGCAUUACCCCGCCCAGCUCACCCAAUAUCAACAGCUUGUAUAUAGGACAAAACAGGGACCAGUCUCUUUCUGAGCCCAUGGAACUGCAGUUAGAUUACUGGUUGAUUCCCGGCAAGGCGAGUGAAGCGCCUGUAGUCAGCAAAAGCGGCAAGGGUGACACCACAAAGUCAACGUUGAAGACAACAUUCCGUUCUCUACAGAUUCAAAGACUUCCCCUUGCUGGGGAACAUCCAACACAACAUUUUCUCAUGAGCUACUCUACAAAGGAGAAGAAGCAAAAAAUUAUGCGUCUGGGUAAGAAAAAGGAGAAAGAGAAAGAAAGUGAACCUAAGAGUCAGGUUGUUGAAGGCGUUUCAAGACUCAUCUGUUCUGCUAAGACUCACUCCAUUCCUCUCAAAGUGAGCAUUGAUGGAACAGAGUGGUCUGGGGUCAAGUUCUUCCAGUUGUCAGCACAAUGGCAGACACACAUCAAACACUUCCCCAUAACACUCUUCAACUUUCCUGAAGCGAAUCUGUAGCUGAAAUGCGACCCACAGCAGCUGCCAGCGAGAGCAGUCCGGACCAGCAGGAUGCGUGCGUGGGUCACACUCUUCGUUUUCCCUGGAUCAGGCUCAUAGAUGUUAAUUACACUGACGUCAGUGCUGUGAAUGUGACUUGAAUUUGCAAGCCACACUAAAACUUUAUAGAAGUGGGAUUCCAAGUUUAAUCUCUGCUGCUGGAUGAGUGUUGAAUUUGUGCGUGUAUGUGGGCAUAUGUGUGCAUGUGUAUUAACUCUAGAUAGUUCCUCAGUCAGCUUUUAAUUUUUGAAAAAAUAAUUUGAUAAAUGAAGAACUGGAUAUUAUAACAUUAUGUAUUUCAGGGACCAGCAAACACCGUUGUUGGAAUGACGGUAAAAGUGGGAACUACGUGAGUUUCACUGUGGUUACAAGCCCCCCAAAACCAGUUUUUCUCUGUGCCGUGAGGCAUUUCUCAUACACCAGGAGCUGGUCUACUCAAUGAAUUUCCUUCAACAAGGAACGUGGCAGGAAUAUAUUAAGUUACAUAGGAUUCUCUCUGUCUUGGGUGGUAUGAAAGCUCAGUUUUGUAAUUGUACAUGAUGAAGCAGUCUGGUCCGUUAUGCAGUAUCCAUAGGUAUUGUAGUCUUUCCCAUACUAAUGCUGCAUAUAUCCCAUUUUUAGUGCAUGGACAAUACUCAUUUGUUGUUAUUUCCAUGAAAGGAAAGUUUAAAAUUUAUGUAUUACACAGAUAUGUUCCUUCCCUCCUCAUACCCAUUCUCCAGACAUGUGGAUUUCAUUUUUAUUACUUGUAUGUUAUGGACAUGUACUGCAUAAGAAGAAGUAAUGGAGUGAAGAUGAGCAUGUAAGGUUCCAAACAUAUUUGAGAAUGGGACAUAACCUAGAAAUCAUAUCCCACUGAAUGUGCUAUGUAACUCUGGUUUCAGUAAUAUAGCACUCUGAUAGACAGGCAAGUUAAUAGCUAGAGUUAGCUUGUAGCAUAUUCUUCCUCAUUGCUCAGUACAUUGCACAAUGGGAUUCAUAUUUUAAUAAACUGUUUCAAGAACCACUGCCAGGCCUGAUCACAUACACUGUACUCUUACUUGAGGAAUGUGGAUGGGCAGUCACAUCAUUUUGGCUUCCAGUUUCUAAUUUGAAAUUGUAUUUACAUGUGAAACUGAUUACAGUUAUUGUUAGAAAGGCUGGGGGUUUAUAGUGAGCCAGUGAUUAAAGCAAAAAUGAAUUCGGAUUUGGUUUGAGUAUGUUUUUUCUACUUUAAACAGACUUUAUACCCAAGUAAAUACUGUUUAAUUGCAGUAUUGCUAUGCUGUGAUCAAUAAUUUUCAUGGUAGAGAGAGGUGAAUAUCAAAAAUAUUAAAUUUGAUAAAUAUAUGUAGACAGUGGUGUGUAAAUUUGCAAACAUUACAAUUUCUUAAAGCAGAUGUCACAACAGUUAUGUAGCACAUGUGACAUUCCAGAAUAUGAACAUCAGGAUUUAAUUUUCCUUUUACAAAAUGGUAAAGGUGGUAAAAACCUGAAUUUGUUUCAGUGAUACAUAGUUGUAAUAUGAUUAAUUUUGUGUUUUGACAUGUGGCAAGAUACAGGAAUGUGUGUACAGGAAAGAUGUAUUGUUCAUUAUAUAUGCUGUACAAAGCUGUUCUUUCGAUUGUGAUUGUGGUCUAGUGUAUUUGUACGUUUGUCAAAGUGUUAUUCUUUUCCCCUCUUCACUUUUUAGGUGUAAAUUUCUUGUUGAAACUGUCCUUUAUAAUCAGCAACUGUGUAGUAUCUUAGAAACAUUCUGUACUUACCUCUACCUGCAACUUUCAGACUUACAAAUAUUGCUUCAAACUAGAAAUACAGCAAUGGCCAAGCUUUAUAUGCUGUAUCGUUAUGCUUUACUUUAAUAGAAUUGAAAUAAUUAUACAGUUUUGAGUGUAUGAGUUAAGUAUUAUUUUUCCAAUGUUAUAUUUUAUACAUAUAUUUUGAAUACAUUCUUUAAUUUUAUAAGAGGUAAAGUUAAAAAGUGGGAAGUUACAAUUGUUUAGACAUGUAAUUGGCAGAAACAGACCUAAAAUUUUGGUAUUGGUUGGAAAAGCUCAUUCUUAAAUAUCCAUACAAGUGCUAACCUAGAACAUUUAGUGUUCUCCAUAUAGUAUCCUUAUUCAUUGUGUGACAAGCCUAAAGUAACAGUUUCCAUUACUGUUCUAUAAUCAAAUUGUAAGCUGUCUGAUAUCCUGAUAACAGUGUUAAAAAGACGCAGCAAAACAAAAGUUGUAUUUAUAUGUACAGUAAAAAUAAUGUACAACAUGAAAAAGAAAAGACAGAAAAAAGUAAGGUUAUAAAGCAGUGUGCUGCUGUAUUCUGAU